AUGUCUUCCCCCAACCCGGAGGAUACCCUGCAAGAACCUGAGCCCAAGCCUUCAAGCUCCAAGAAGAAAAAGAAGAAAAGAAAGUGGCAACAGCUAGAGGCCAGCAUCCAGGCCCUCACCAGGGCUGGCCAUGGGGCCCUCCUGGCUGGCUGGAACCAUGAGGCCUUGACCAGCUUCCAGAGGGCCUUCCUCCUGGCCUCCAGGGUCCCACAAAAAAGAGACACCUCUCUUCUUCGGGCUUGUGCCUUCAACCUGGGUGCUGCCUAUGUGGAGACCGGGGACCCAGGCAGAGGCCUUGGGCUGCUCCUAAGAGCCCAGCCUGAAGAGAAGGCACAGGGCAGGUGCCAUGGUGACCAGUGUUUCAAUGUGGCUUUGGCCUACCACGCCCUGGGCAACCUGCCUCAAGCUUUGGCCUGGUACCACAGGGCCCUGGGCCACUACCAGCCACUAGGUGACCAGGGGCAAGCCCAGGCAAAAAUGGGAGCCUGCUACCAGGCUCUGGGACAGCCCGAACUAGCAGCUCACUGCCUACAGGAAGCAGGCAGGACCUAUGCCCACGCAGGACAGCCCCAGGCUGCAGCCCUGGCACUGGGGGCCGCGGCAGUGUGUAUGCUGAAGAGUGGGCAGCACAGCGUGUGGGAAGUGGUGCAGGUGCUGGAGGAGAGUCGGAGGCUUGCUGAGAUGAGUACUGAGCGAGGACUGCUGGGGCAACUCUAUAAUGACCUAGGCCUGAGCUACUCCCAGCUGCAGCUGUUCCCACUAGCAGCAGAGGCCUUCCUGCAGGCCCUCCCCUUAUGCCGGGGACUAGGGGAGAAGGCCACGGUUCUGAGAAACCUUGGAAUGGCCCACAAUGCCCUUGGCAACUAUCAGGAAGCCCGGGAGUUUCACCAGAAGGCUGCUAUCCUGCAUGGCUCUGUGGGGCAGCGGUGGGAGCAAGGUCGGAGCUUUGGCAGCCUGGCAUUUGCACUGAGCCAAUUGGGGGACGACAAGGCGGCCAGAGACAGCUACCUACAUGCACUGCAGGCUGCCCAGGACACUGGAGACAUGAAGGGGCAGUGGCAGGCCUGCGAGGGUCUGGGGGCUGCUGCAGCUAGACUGGGGCAGCAUGAUCAGGCCUUGAGGUACUAUAAGGAAGCACUGGCCCGGUGUCAGAAGGAGCCAGACUUUGUGCGAGAGCGGCUAGUGGCGAAGCUGGCAGAUGCCAUGAAGACCCUUUUGGCCCAGGGUGGGCUGGACCCGACUCAUACCCUGACCUCAGCUCCAGGGAGGCCUCAGGCUCCAGGUGGAGCCGGCCCAGCAGGGACUCCAGCCAGGGUGGCAAGGGGCCCAGCAGAAGCGAAGUACAGAUCUUUGAGUGGGUGGGAAGACUAA